ACAAUGCGCGCAGAGCGUCAGCUCCAGUUGCCCAGCCACACAGAAGAGGAGGCGCACAACCUUAACGAUACUAGAGUCCAGAAAUCUUUAUUUUUAUUUUUUUAUUUUACGAUUAUUGUUGUUUAAAUUGACAUAUCCCUUACGCGCCUGGGCUAGUCUAUCAACACACUUUACACCCGCUCUGGCACACUCGCAACCCGAAAUGAGCGGCAGCGGGCGGCCCAGGACAAGCUCGUUUGCUGAGCCUCCGGGGGUUCCGGGAGCCGCUGCAGCCGUCGCCGGAUCAGCCAUCGCCGGUGGAAGCUCUUCAGGAAAGUCGGGAGGCGCGCAGGCCUCAGGCGGGAGUUCGUCUGCUUUCGGAAACUUAAAGCUGGGCAGGGAUAGUGGGAAGGUGACAACGGUAGUAGCCACGCCAGGGCAGGGUCCUGACCGCCCUCAGGAAGUCUCAUACACGGACAUCAAGGUGAUCGGGAAUGGUUCAUUUGGGGUGGUGUACCAAGCUCGACUUAUCGACAGUCAGGAGAUGGUGGCUAUAAAAAAGGUGCUUCAGGAUAAGCGGUUUAAGAACCGUGAGCUACAGAUAAUGAGGAAGUUGGACCACUGUAAUAUUGUCAGGCUACGCUACUUCUUUUACUCCAGUGGAGAAAAGAAAGAUGAGGUGUAUUUAAAUCUGGUGCUUGAUUUUGUACCAGAAACCGUGUACAGGGUGGCACGCCACUUCAACAAGUCCAAGACCACCAUCCCCGUUAUCUAUGUCAAAGUGUAUAUGUAUCAGUUAUUUCGCAGCCUGGCGUAUAUUCAUUCCCAAGGUGUCUGCCACAGAGACAUCAAACCUCAGAAUCUGCUGGUGGACCCAGACACAGCUGUACUCAAACUGUGUGACUUUGGCAGUGCAAAGCAGUUAGUUCGUGGUGAGCCCAACGUGUCGUACAUCUGUUCCCGGUAUUACCGUGCUCCUGAACUAAUAUUUGGAGCCACAGAUUACACAUCCAACAUCGAUAUCUGGUCAGCUGGCUGUGUGUUAGCUGAGCUGCUGCUGGGGCAACCCAUCUUCCCUGGUGACAGUGGAGUGGACCAGCUAGUGGAGAUAAUCAAGGUUUUGGGGACCCCCACAAGAGAACAGAUCCGAGAGAUGAACCCCAACUACACAGAGUUUAAAUUCCCACAGAUUAAAGCACACCCUUGGACAAAGGUGUUUAAACCGAGGACUCCUCCUGAAGCCAUCUCAUUGUGUUCUCGUCUGUUGGAGUACACACCAGUGACACGGCUCUCACCGCUGGAGGCCUGUGCACAUGCCUUUUUUGAUGAGCUGCGCCAACCCAAUGCCCGUCUGCCUAAUGGCCGAGAACUUCCCCAACUCUUCAACUUCAGCCCUGUGGAGCUGUCUAUCCAACCACAGUUGAACUCCAUUCUCAUUCCUCCCCAUGCUCGCUCGCAGACGUCACCUGCCUCACAUGAGGGCAGUGCUUCAGAUGGUCCAGCCCAGUCCAGCUCAGCACCGGGACCCCUGAGCAACAACACCUAAAUGUUCCCUUGGCAUUACUGCUGUUACCAUCCCUCUCUCCUCAUCCCUUCUCUUUCAUUCCUCUCUCCUUCCCAACAACAGCUCCAAACAGUUGCUCUUGCACACUCGUGGACACACACACACACACACACACACACACACACAUACACACUUCACCUAGUGUUGUGCAGUCAUGUUCUCCCGUUACGGUCCAAGUGUGUAAUGCCCAAAUUCAAUCAUCAGAGGAGAUAAUGAGGUUGACUAAAUUCAGUAUGCCACUCAGCUCAGGACUCUUAAGUCUGCUUCUGCUGUGAGCUGAUAAUUGUCUUCAGAUUCAUUAUCUUUAGGUUUGAAGACUGAGUAGGGCUUGUUAUGGUGUCAUUGCCCUCUAGUGGCAGGAUGAGCACUGCACAGUUACUGCUCUUUCUGCCUGUGAAAACCAUCUAUUUGAUGACAUUUUUAAAAAUUGAUAUUCAAUAUUGUGCUAGUUGAAUCCUUUAAAUUUGUUUUUGCUCUUAAACUUCGAUGCAUUUUAGCUUGCUUUAUGCGUUCUUGAACAAAACCAAGGACUGUGAUGUGUUUUAUGAAGCAGUAAGUGUGAGAUGUCAGUGUUUGUAAAAACAGACAGAAAUGAGCAAAGAAUGAGUUGAGUGUCUUAAUACUUGUGUAUGUCAGCUGGGGUUUUAAGUAAUCAGUGCACACACUGUUUUGUUUUUAUUUAUUUUAAGGAGGUAUUUGCAUAAGCUGAGACAGGGUUAUCUUUUUUAUUAUUAUUUUUUAUUUUGUUUCAACAUAAAACCUGAUACUUUUAUUUUUGUGCAUGUGCACAUUCAUAAACACACACAGAGGUCAAUUCCAUCAGUAGUUGUGUUAGCGAUUCUAUUUUGUUACAAUUCUGUAUUAUGGAAUUGUGUGUGAGAGUGUGUUUAUGCACAUUGCUGUGCCCAUGUGUGUAUAAAAGUGUUUGUGGAACUUUAAAUGGACAGAAAUCAAUGAGCCCAUACGCUUGCACAGAGAGAGAGAGACGGGAUAUCAUUCAUCCCACUUACAGGACUGAAUCAGAAACACUUUUACAAAUGGAGCUGUUUGUCUUGCCUCCUCUUCCAUCCCUCCUCUUCCUCUUCUCUCAUUGCUAAUAUGUAAAUGCCAUGUACCAUUUAUUUUGUUAUUUUUGUUAUUGUUAUUUCGUUGUCCUUGUAAUUAGAUUUUUUCCUUAGUGGAGUAGUGCUGGUAAAAACAGAAACCGGCCUUUCUCUGUCUCUCUAUACGUCUUUCGCGCUCUCUUUCUCCUUCCCUUUCUCCAUCCCUUCACCAUUCAACUGUAUAUAACAUUUCAUCCAGCUUCUCCCUGUGUCUAGGGAGGAAGACAAAACUGAACAAAAUUUUGUUUUACCUGAUAUCUCUGUCUAUUUUUCUUACUCUCUCUCCUAGCCCGCCUGCCUCCCCUCCCCCUCUCCUCAUCAGUGUUCGUUCUGAUCCUUUUAUUUAUUGUAUUGCUGUCUGAUUCUGUUUUUUGUUUUUUGUUGUUGUUUUUUUUUACAGUCUGAUGGGGAGGGGAUUUGUGUGUGAUUCCAUUGGUGUAACGUUCAUAUCUCAGUCUCUGGAAUAUUGUCUGCUAGAAUGUUCUGGAAAGGGCAGAUUCACACUACCACACAUAGGCUGCUCGGCCCAUCAGUGAAAAGAUGAACGGUUAAAGGGAGAGAGAGGGAGAGAUAAACAAUGUUUUUGUUUGUUGGUAUAAAUAAUAAACUCAUUAAUAAAGUUACAAAAUCAUCUCUGGGAUGAAUUGUUUAUUUAUAUACGCUGUCUGGUAGAAUUCUGAUUUAAAUAUGAAUUAAUUAAUGAAAUGUUCAUGAAUCUCACACAGGGGUUUUCUAAUACAUCCUUAUUUCCUAUAAGUAUUAAAGGAAUAGUUCACCAAAAAAUGAAAAUUCUCUAAUUUACUCACCUUGAUGCCAUUCCAGUGUGCAUGACUUUUUUUCUUCUGCAGAACACACAGAUUUUUAGAAGAAUAUUUCCGCUCUGAAGGUCCUCACAAUGCAAGUGAAUGGUGACCAAAACUCUGAAACUCCAAAGGCAGCAUAAAAAUAAUCUGUAAGAUUUUAGUGGUUUAAUCCAUGUCUUCUGAAAAUAUAUGAUAGGUGUGGGUGAGUAAAGACCCAUGUUUAAGUCCUUUUUUCCUAUAAAUCUUUACUUUCACACUUUUGUUCUUGAUGAUUUGCAAUCUUCAUGCUUAUCACCCCCUACUGGGCAGGGAGGAGAAUUAAUAGUAAAAAAGGACCUAAAUGUUGAUUGACUUCUCACCCACACCUAUCAUAUCACUUAAGAAGACAGAUUAUACCACUGGAGUCUUUUAUGCUUGCUUUAUGUGCUUUUUAGAGCUUCAAAGUUUUGUUCCCCAUUCACUUGCUUUAUAUGGACCUACAGAGCUGAAAUAUUCUUCUAAAAAUCUCCAUUUGUGUUCUGUAGAAGAAAGAAAGUCAUACACAUCUGUGAUGGAAUGAGGGUGAGUAAAUGAUGACAGAUUUUUCAUUUUUGGGUGAACUAUCCAUUUAAAAUUAAACUAAGUAUUUAAAUUUGGCAUGUAAUCCAUCCAGCACAGUUUGUUCUAUAGAUAUGAAUGAUACCAAGUCAUGUGGCUUUUCUGGAAAGUGUGCCAUUACUUUUCCAACUCCUCAAACUUUUAACUGGGUGCCAGAAUAGAGUUGGGGGUGGACUCUUUUAUUGUAGGUACAAAAUGUUGCAUUUUCUCUUUCUGUACAAUCUACUGAAUUCAACUAGGUGAUGAAAGUGCCAUUGUUGGAGGUGUAUUUUUUAAAGGGAGAGUAUAAAUACAUGCUUAUCACAGUUCACCGAAAAAGAAAAGCCAAUCAGCGAGACUUCGAUUAAAGGGUGGAGAUGGAAAAAACAAAUACCUUGUGUUGAUUUGACCUUACAAUUGUUAUAUUUUUGCAGUGUUGCUGACUGAAUUAAUCUGGAUUCAUUUUCUGGUUCUACAGUUCCAUCUUUCAUUUAAAAAAGUAAAUCCUGAUUGUAAAUCCUGUCCUGAACAAACUCUACUGUUAUCUACUGUUAGGUUUGAUUAAAAACCUCUUUCUUUUGUGCUUACAAUUAAAAUAUUUUAAUAGUUUUUUCA